CCAUGUAAAGACAGAAAGACACACGGAGCUCUGUGUAGACUGUGUCCAUGUUGUAUUACUUGUCAGAGUUCUUCCAGGACUUGUGCAUUAAUGUUAUUCCUUCAGAUCUGCUGUUUUUCCCGUAGAGGAGGACAGAAAGACACUGAGCCCACCUGUUGAAAGAUUAGAGCUAUUUCUUCAGAAUGCACAAUGCAGUCACAAGAUAUUGUCCCAGGAAUGCCCAGGAAGAUCGGAUUCACUGUGGUAAACUCUUCCAGUCAUGAGGAGAGCUACAGCGCCCAGGAACUGAAGGUGCACGUGCCCACAGCCAAAGGAUGGAGGUCCAGCAGGCUGUGCUCGUACCCCCAGACUCUCACACUGCAGCUGGAGGAGAGGAGCCGUGUGAGGAAAUUACAGCUGCUGGCGCAUCAGUAUAUGAUCCCAUCCAGAGUGGAUUUCCACAUCGGGGACAGCCUGCCCACCAGCAGCCCCCUGCGCAAACUCGGGUACGUGUCUCUGUCUGAUAACCAACAGACAGGCUUCAAAGCACGGGAACUGAAGUCUGUGCACGUGGACGCCAUCGGAACUCACCUGAGGAUAACCCUGCACCAGAACCAUGUGAACCCUCACAACCGCUACAACCAGGUUGCUUUGGUUGCCAUCAAUGUCCUGGGCGACUCAUUGGAUGGGAACGUCUUCAACACAAUAUCCAGCCGCGAGCAGCUGAUGGAGCAGUACCUCGGCAGCGGGCAGCAGGAGGCAGCCCUGGACGCGACCUACAUGGGUAAAUGUGAGUCCUUCUGCCCGCUGGACGAUCUCGCCUUCGACAUGUACCAGGACCCUGAGGUGGCCCAGCUUAUCCGCCUCCUGGACCAGAGGAAGCAGGAGAUGGUGCACCACGAGAAGUUUGAGAAGGCCCGACUUCUGAAGCAGGCACUGGCCGACCUGCACAAGGUGGGUGAGCGUCUGGCCCGGCUGGCCGUAGAGAAGCGCUAUGCUCUGGAGAAGGAGGACUACGAGCAGGCUGAGGACAAGAGGCAGCAGAUGGAGCACUACCGCAGCAUCGUGUACCGCCAGCUGGAGGCGCACCAGCUGCUAGAGCACACACCGGUCUCCACCUCAGUGUCCGAGUGCUCCCCCUGCUCCCUGCCCUCUCCAGACCUGUCUCCUGACCUGCCCAAGCCCACCCUGUCCACAGACUCCACGAACACGGAGCACAAGAGCCGGAGAUCUAACCCCGAAACCCACCUGAGCCCAGAGGACCUGACACAGAGCAGCCCAGCCAGCAGACCCAGCUCACUCAAUUUUGAGGUUCCGACCGUGCCUUAUGAUGAGAGACCGUUACCUGCUCUGGAGAGGAGGGACAGGCCAGUUGAGAGCACGAUGAGCCCAGCGGAGGAGCACAACACCCCUGAGGCAGCCGUUAUCAGAGGAGAACCAGAGCCACUGACCGAGAAGGCCCAGCGAGAGGCCGGAGCUGCACUCGAGGUCUUUGGGGAAACCACUGUGCGUGCGGCCUUCUCUAAGACGUGGUCGUACCGGGAGGAUGCGCUGGGGAUCGUGCAGCAGAAGCUGAGGGAGGCCUCUGGCUCUGGGACCAAGGACGAGCUCAGGGGGAUGGUCCGUGCCGCCGUGCUUCUGCUCAAGAGGAGCCUACAGGACAAAGUCUUCUCUGUGUUCCAGUGCUCCCUUCGGCUGCUGCUCCUCCUGCUCAGUGAGCUCAUUCCUGGCGCUGGUCUUGGGAGAGCAGAGGUCACCUACUGUCUGGAGCAGACCUGGCCCCUCCUGCUGCCCCGCACCUGGGAUGCCUGCAGCCACCUGCGCCUCUCUGCUCUCUCCUCUGUACAGGAGAUAGCCAUGCUGAAGGACGUGCGCGCUCUGCAGUGGGUGCCUUGUGAGCUGGUGAAGGUGCUCUCCUCCACAAUCCCUGCUCGUAUGGCCCAGAGUCGGGUGGAGCUGCUGGAACAGCUGCUGUCUGCCCUGGGCACACAUGGCUCCGGCUUCACCCUGGACAAUGUGAUGACUUUCUGCACAGGAGCCCUUGGUCACAGCGCGUCCACGGUCAGGGAGGCAGCCGUCCGGAUCAUCCUGUCCAUGUACCAGCAGCACGGGGCCCAGCUUCUCCGGUACCUGCCCCCCAACGACCACGCCACACACAAGAACUUCAUCUACAAGAGGAUCUUUGAAGGUUUCGCCCAGAUUGAUGGGACUGUGGCAGACGCACAUGGGACAGGAGAGCCCCAGAAGUCAGCUCAGUCUCUCCAGGAGCAGCUGGUCACCUUCAAGGAAAUCACUGACAAGAAGAAAAGCACUGGAGUCCAAAGAGGAACAGCCAAAGAGGAGGAGGCCCGGAGAACCACUCGAGCCACUCUCCCAAAGAUGCAGAAGCAGACGCCGCAAGUUGCUGAUACUCCUGAUUCUGCUGGUAACUAUUUAGACAGUCUGUGUGUUUUCUGUGGGCGGAGGGACGAGGCCUUCACUGAGGACGGACUGGACCGGCACUACUGGAAGCACUGCCCCAUGCUGCGCCUCUGUGACCACUGCAAACAGGUGGUAGAGAUCUCCAGUCUGACAGAGCACCUGCUGGGGGAGUGUGACAAUCAGGGCAGCUUCAGCCCGUGUCCCCGGUGCAGCGAGGCCGUGCCCCACGAGGAGCUCAGGGCCCACAUGGAGGGGCCCCAUUGCAACCCCCCCAGCACUGGGAAAGCCUCCAACCACUGCCCCCUGUGCCACAGCAACUUCCAGCCUGGAGACGAGGCCUGGAAGACACACCUCAUGGGCCGACAGGGCUGUCCACACAACCUCCGCAGAGCCGCACUCUACCAGAAGACUCAGCCUCUACAAGGCCGAGCAGUGGACAGCAGCAGGCAGAAGCAGGGCUGGACCACAGGGCCCCUGGGCAGAGACAGCAGGAUCCCAGCUCUGGCCCCCACACACAAGAGCAACGCCGGCAAACGCUGACAGGGUCUGACAGGGUCUGACAGGGUCUGACAGUGUCUGACCCACCACCGUCUGCAUGUGGGAAGCGCACUGACAAUCUGCUCACAAACUGAACUGUUGAAUAAAAAAUCAUUAUAAUUCCAAUUUCCUUUAAGACACUGUACCAGAUUUUUACUGAAUCUUAAAAACUCUUAAAAGUGGAUAAAAACAGAACAAGUUUUAAAUGGUUUGCAGUGGUCCAAAGGUAUUCCUCACUCUUCUAACAUAUUCCUAAUUAACUCCACUCAGAGGCCAUACUAGAGUUUCACAGUCACGGUAAUGCACAAACUAGAAUGCUAACAGCGCAUUCAUGCUUCGCAGAUGAUAAUAAUACUUUAGAAUUAGAGUAGACAGCACACCAGGAUCUGUACUGAGGCAAGACAAAUGUGACUUUAUACAUGAAAAAGGUUGAGUAUAGCCCCUUUAAAAAUGUAGUCUCAUCUUCAUCAAUGUCACUUUAAUCCCCUUGUAUUAUACAUUGUUGCUAGCAGAGGGAUGAGCACUUGAGGAAAGCUGUUUAAAUAAGGCUAAAGACAAUAGCUGCUACUUUGACCAAAACAGGGGGAAUCAGAUUAAGACUCAAGUGCAGAAUUACUCAAACAUGUGAAUGAAACAAGCACAACAGUAUGGUCCUUCUGGUUAUAACAAUAUUACAGUUGAAGUUGGGUAUGCUAUGCCAUAUUUCAUUUUGUUCAUAUGGAAAAAGAGGCAACUUACACUUCUAAAGAGAUAAAGACAGAUAUUAUGUGCAGGUUUUGCCAAAGUUUGAACCACAGAAGUGUAGAGGACAGGUGGAGAUCAAAUAUGCAAGAGAUACGUAAGUGGGUUGGACUACAUGGCAAAGAGGAAUACAAUAAUACCGUAAUAGUUUAUUUUUAGAUUGUCCUUAGAAUGGACAGCUCAUGUUGAGAGGACUCUGGCUGCAGACCUCCACCCACAGGACCCAGGUGACUCACCCCCAUCCACAUGUCCCUAAAAUUAAACACACAGCAGCCAAAAAAAGGCCAAUGUCUAUUGUUUCCUGAAGACACUUUCCUGAAUUUUUGGCUAAUUAUCACCAAACAUCUUGAUCUUAAAAAAUAGGCCUAUGCUGAUAGUUUAAUAUCUGUUUUGUUUUUUGUUUUGUUUUUUAACAUUUGACUUCCCUGUGCAAGUACUUCAAAUUAGAAAUGAAAUCUAUUGGUGUUUAAAUGUCUGAAGAGCUUCAAAUUGAAACAAACUUUAUCACCUUUAACAGACAGUGACCUAAGGCAACAUCUGAUACAAAGUGUUAUAAAGUAAAGUCACGACAGAUGCUGAGGGACAUGCGGGUGGUGGCGGUGUGUCCUGGUGGAGGUCAGUAGGGUAGGGUCCUCUGGGUGGUUGCUCAUGUGGGGAGUAGUGUUUUUAUAUUAUGUUACAGUCACGAUAACUGUACCCUGAAUGUAUGUGACAAUAUUGAUGGUUUUAACCAGUGUUGGGAAGGUGACUUUUAAAAUGUAUUCCCCUACAGAUUACAGAUUACAUAUCCCAAAAUGUAGUUUGUAACGUAAUCCAUUAAAUUACUUAAAGUGAGUAACGUAAUCUGAAUACUUUGGAUUACUUGAUAUUGUCAUGCUUUUUAAAACCGCAUGAAUGAACCGACCACAUCCUGAAAAGUCUUGUUUGUUCUCGUCAAAUUGGCCCUGGUUUAGACCUGGUUUAGGCCUGGUUUAGACCUGGUUUAGACCUGGUUUAGACCUGGUUUAGACCUGUUUGGACCUGGUUUAGUCCUGGUUUAGACCUGGUUUAGUCCCGGUUUAGUCCUGGUUUAGACCUG